UUUCUGCAAUUUUCAACCAAGUUUGUAGUUGCGAAGUGAACUGGUUGGUGGCGUGUAUUUCAGUGCGAUUGUAGUGUAGACAGUGUUCAAAGUUUUUGCAAAUUCUUUUACUAUUUUUGCCAAAAUGGAACAUGCCCUUGAGCGUGGCAAUGGUGUCUACCAUUGCUAAUAAUAAAUUUGGCCGAUGCCGUUCGAAGACUUCUACUGCAUUAAAACGAAUACCAUCGUAAAGGAUCAACUUCAGUGCAUCGCCCAAAUUUAUUUAAAAUUCGCCGCAACUUUCUGUCUGCGUGAUAUCGAUUAGGCACACGACCAAAACACACUACCCGCAACAACUACCACACUGUGUAUCGGCUGCUUCUGUGUCCGGUGCAUCGAGAGUGCAUGAUCAACAUCUGCCUCAUUGUCAGCAGCGACAGAGAUAGGGUAGUACGAGCGUCAACACUCGAUCCCCUCCCAUUGAAACGUGCGCUUUGUAACGAAACAGUACUAAUACCACGGUUGAAUCAGUUGAAUCGCUCAUUUGAUGGACCAUACACACGAUAAAGGCACGUUCUUGCUUUGUCUCGCGAUCUUCAUACAGAAGAUAACGAUCGUGUUCCAGUGGACUCAGAGGAUUUACAGUCUUAAGCCACAGUCGGCGACCUCGUUAGGUGCAGGAGGUUACGUCGAGGACGAAGAGAAACGAGUAUCGGACAGUGGGUUGCUUUGUAGUGGUGCAGCAGCUGCUACUACAACUACUUCCCGUAAAGGAAAAGCAGAAGAUAACGUCAGCAUGACGGCACAGGUGUUAUCCCACCCGGUACCAAUCGAUCUGCCGGACAACAAGCAUAAAGAAGACGAUCUGCCAUGCAUGUCGUCGGAGUACUACAACAUAGAGGAGAAUCGGUUACGAUCGUUUGCCCGGUGGCCGGUACCGUUCGUCAGCGCGAAUGUGCUGGCGAAGUACGGAUUCUUCUACCUUGGCACGGACGACACGGUCAAGUGCUACUUCUGCCGGGUGGAGAUCGGCCUCUGGGAGCCACAGGACGACGUCAUACAAGAGCAUCUGCGCUGGUCACCAUACUGCGCCCUGCUGAAGAAGCGCCCGACGAACAAUGUGCCGAUCAACGCGAACUACCUCGAUGCCGUGCCGGAACCGAGCUACGACACCUGCGGUAUCAACAUCCGGCAGCAUUCGUACGCAGAGAAUAGAUACGAGCGGCCGUCGCAGGAGCUGGAGCGCAUGAGCGGCGACUCGUGGGGUGCUGCCAGCGACAUUAGUCUUAGCAGCAGCAGCAGUGGGAAUAGUCAUGAUGAACCGAGCGAUAUGGUGGUCGUAGCUGGUGGUGGUACAAGUGGCGGAGGGGUGCAGCAGGAUCGUGCCUCAUCGAUGACGGUCGCCGAGUGGAACAGCGGGCUGUUCAUGGGCGAACAGAGUGCGAUGCGCCGCCCAGAGUAUCCGAACUACGCGAUCGAAGCCGAUCGGUUCAAGUCGUACGAGGACUGGCCAACGUCACUGAAGCAAAAGCCGAAGCAGCUCAGCGAUGCCGGGUUCUUCUACACCGGCAAGAGCGAUCGCGUGAAGUGCUUCAGCUGCGGCGGUGGGCUAAAGGACUGGGAGCAGGACGACGAGCCGUGGCAACAGCAUGCAAUCUGGUACAGCAACUGUCAUUACCUGCAGCUCAUGAAGGGUCCCGAGUUCAUCCGGAAGUGCAUAGCGCUAAAGGAAGCGGCAACGGCCGCGAGCGAACCUACCGCCGAUAACCGUGCGUCGUCGUCGGCCUCGUCACAGCCGUCGACAUCGGGUAUCAGCUCGGCGUCGUCAUCCAUCAUGAGCACCUCGCCUGCUUCCUCGAGCGGACUCAGUUCACCAUCGCCGGUCGGCACGCUGGAGGACGAAGAUUGUACGCUGCGCUGCGGAAGCGACGUUUCGGGCGGGGAAGAGGCUGGUCGGGAUGAUACCGGCAACCGCAAGGUGUCCGAUGGAAAGAUUUGCAAAAUCUGCUUCGUCAACGAGUAUAACACCGCGUUCAUGCCAUGCGGCCACGUGGUAGCCUGCGCUAAGUGUGCAUCUUCCGUCAACAAAUGUCCGCUCUGCCAGCAACCAUUUAUCAACGUGCUACGGCUGUACCUGUCGUGAAGAGGCCUUCCGAAGCAACUCUAAUCAGUGGAUUGCUAGCUUUUUUUUUGCCUCAAGGGUGCUGGCCCAACUGUUGUUUGCUUUCCCGAAAGUCCUUUGUUUUACCGCGAAAUCCCGUACCAUGUAAAUUUUUCCGAUUUCUCGAUGAUCAACGUACGUACAGAAAGAUUAAAGGCAUUUUUUUCUUCUAAAUUUUAUCGUUUUCAAACGAAAUCGAAUUUAAUGAAUUCAACGAACAUUUCGAGCAACCUUUUUAAUUAUUGUCAGAAAUUUAAAAUUCGAUCAAAAGUAAACUUUUAUCGUCAACAAAAUCGACCAUCAGCCGUCUUCGUCAAAUGUCCACGUCAAUUCAUGAAUUCGUAAAUCUCCGCAAUUCUUCGACAAUGAACAUUUGACUAUCAAACGGCGGUUGUUUGCUAGAAUUUGAACGCUUUGGUUGUCGGUAAGUGCUGCUGCAUAAUAUUUCGAAUCGAAAUCGAAUUGGGUAGAGUUUCAACGAGAAGCAAAGACCGCAGGGAAAAGGUGCGCAAAAGAGAAACAGUUUUUGCAUAGCACGGCAGAAAAUGUAGCGAAACGUAAAAUCAGUCUGGUUUACAUCAGUCAGAAGGAAACUGAAACUUUCCACCGAAGAAACCCUAACGUGUAAAGUCAUAUUAUGGGCAAGAGGGCACUGAUAGGACGUGCCAGCCCUCGUCCUCGUCGCCUUCGUCAGCAUUUACGCAAACGGCUCGCGGAACGACGGUGGGGCGAACACGCGGCGCACUGCUGCGUUCGUCUAGGAUGCGAACGUUUUUGGAUUAUCACCGCUUCGGUCCAUUGUCUCCGUGCCGCUGCGUGCCGGUGUGUAUUGCAGGGAGCAAGAGAAAGGUCCUGUAAAAAUGGAAUAAUGGACAGAUAUACUAGCGAUUUAACAUAGGAAUAACGAAAAGGUAUGAAUGAAAUGAAUUUUGAGGAGGUGAAAAUGAAUUUCUAUUUCUGGAGGAGUGCGAGAGUACGGGGCUAAGACAUGUCCUUAAGUGGUAACUCUGGUACCUGGCUGACAGUUUGGGAAUGUAGAUAUUCAAUAUACAUAAAUAUAUAUAUUUUUGUUUGGCGACAUGUCGGUCUUAAAAACUUUGCCAAGUAAAGCGGCUUCAGCAUAUACAGGCUUCAGCUCUAGUGUACUAACAGCAUAACGAAAGCCGCGACCUGUCAUGAAAAUGAAAAAAUCGAAAAAACUGCAACACACAUCAUCCUAAUAAUUAUUAAAAUAGCAUAGUGGCUCUAGUGCCUGCUAGCGAACAAUAGACCUAGAUCUCCCAGGAACUUAUAUGGAAAAUCAUAAAAUCAACUGUGCAUGAAGAAGUACCUUAUAACUAUGUGACUACUAUUCGAGUAACAACAUUGACGAUAUAUCGCUCCGGUGUGCAUAUAAUUUAAGACGUAAUUAUACACUUUUUGCAUUAGCCGUGAAUUAGUUAUGAGGUUACUUUUAACCUGGUUAUUAAACCUGACAUAAAAAAAAAAAUGGAAUAAACUGUAAAGAAUUAUGUUGAACCUGUAAAACCGUGCCGGCGUCUAGUCUUUUAUU